UUAGUCAACAACAAACUUACAAACAUUUGUGUCUUUUGUGGAUCGCGAGAUGGUACCAAUGCAAACUACGUGACAUUGGCCAAGAAGUUAGGAGAGGAGAUUGCCGCGAGAAAGUACUCGUUGGUAUAUGGCGGUGGCAAUCAUGGUAUGAUGGGUGCAGUGGCAGAGGCCGUUCAAACAAAUGGUGGCAGUGUACUUGGUGUGAUCCCACGCGCCCUCGCACCAAAAGAGAUCUCUGGCGUCACAGUUGGCGAAGUAAUCUACGUGGACGACAUGCACACCCGCAAGAAGAUCAUGUACGAGAAGGCUGAUGCCUUCAUUGCACUUCCAGGUGGAAUUGGAACAUUCGAGGAGUUGUUCGAGGCAUUGACCUGGAUUCAGCUGGGCAUCCAUUCAAAGCCAGUUGGAGUGUUGAACAUUGAUGGAUAUUAUACACACUUGGAGGCAUUAUUGAGGAACUCUGCAGAGAAGGGAUUCGUCAAUGAGAGCUUUGUAAACCGUAUUAUCUUUAGUGAUAAUGUCGAUGAUCUGCUGCGUCGUCUUGAGACAUCCGAGGCACCUGCUGCCACUCACAAGUGGAUCACAUCAAAUCAAGCCUAA